AUGAGGAGGGGGGAAAAGGAGGAGGAGGAAGAGGAGGAAGAGAAGAUGGAGAUGGAGGAGAUGGAGGAGCAGCAGUUGGGGGAGAAGCACAACACCAGCUCCCGCUGCACCCUCCUCGUCUGUCAAGUCCCCCAAAUCACGGUUGGGGAAGAAGUCGACUACCACUCGCAGGGGGCUUGGGUCAGGUACACGUACAGGGUCAAGCAGCAGCAGCGGAAGCGGAAGCGAAUUAUUAAGACGACCCCGCCGUCUUCCACCGCCGUGUCCCGGGCCACCUCCGCCUCCCCUACCUCUACUCUCCUCACCUCGCCCCCUUCGUCUGCGGCCAUCACAGCUGCAACCUCCGCCGCGACGACGCGCUCGUCCACCUCGACUCCCACUGCCGCAGUGGCCGGCGCCGCCGCUGCUGCAGCCGCUGCAAGCCGCAAGGUCUUCCCCAAAAGUAUGGAGCCCCCCGUCGUCUCCUUUUACGGGGCCGAACCCAUCCCGUUACCGUCGCGCUUCGCCGGUGUCAAAAAACGGCUCAUUGCCGGCCACGAGGCUGCCGUUGAGGCUUCGUGGCACCGUCUCAUUGACGCUUUGAGGACCGAGAUUGCAGAUAUUUCCACCCGUGGAUCAGAGCUGAUCCCGUCCAUCAACUUUACCGACAUCAAUGACCCUGUCCGCGUCGAGGCCUUUGCCCACAGGCUACGCCGGUAUGGUGUAGCCGUCAUACGCGGCGUCGUGCCGCCCAACGAUGCCCAGAAAUGGGUGCACGAAACUCACGAGUAUCUCGACAAGAACCGCGAAUACAAGCCCCCCGCGCUUCACGAUCCUACUUGUAUUGAUCUCUUCUGGACGCCCGUUCAAGUACGUGCCCGCGCGCAUCCCAACAUGCUGCGCGCGCAAAAGUUUGCAAUGUCCUUUUGGGAAUCGACAGACGACGUGCACAUCACCCGCGCACCCGUAAGCUACGCAGAUCGUCUUCGCAUUCACAAUGACAAGCUCGGCGCCGUCGGUCAGCCCACCGGCAACUCGGCUGCGGACUCUCUCAGCACCACCGCUUCGUCGACCGUCAUUGCACAAAUCGACAGCGGCAGCCUGGAACGCUGGGAACCGGACGGCUACGGCCGCGGCGGCACCUACGAGGCCGUCUUCCGCGGCGACUGGGAGUCCUACGAUCCCUGGGACCCGGCCGGCCGAGUUGGUGCCACGACGGAUCUGUACAACGGCGCGGGUGCCUGCAGCAUCUUUCGCAUGUUCCAGGGCAUCCUCGCGCUCACCGAGGUCGAGCAGGGCAUGGUCCGCGUGUUGCCGUCGCCCAAGCUGGUGGCCGCGUACUUUCUUCUGCGGCCUUUCUUCUCGCCGAAGCGUGGGCCGCCAGAGCAGCCAGAUGGCGGCAAGGCGGAUCAGUGGGCUGCGUAUCUUGAUGCGUCCAACUGGACUCUUGAUCUGGAGCCCAACACCAUCAUUCAUGGAGCUGUUCCGGGUCAUGCUCAGCGUCUUACGGAACGCUGGCACCCGCAUUUGCAUCUGCGCAGGAGUUUGGUUUCUAUGCCUAGCCUACAGGCCGGCGACUACGUUAUUUGGCAUUGCGAUCAGGCCUACUCGAUCAUCACGGGCGGCACCAGACUAGGCGUCCCUCCGUCGUUGCAAAACGAGUCGAACGAGCUUUCCCUGCUCACGUACACUCCCGUCUGCCCCUUGACACAGACAAAUGCCCUGUUCCUCGCUCGCCAGAGAAAGGCAUUCCAGACCGGCCAACCGGGACCGGACUUUGACACGCUGGGUGGACUGGGAAGCGAAGCCUCACACCAGGACCGUCCCGGUGCCAAGGAGGUCGAGGAGUACGGCGGAGUCGAUGGCCUCCGCGCAAUGGGAUUGGCGCCCUAUGAUGUCGAACCAGCGGGUGUCAUCCCGCCCAAGCACGCAGAUGCCAUGGAUAUUGAUGACGAGGAGGGCAUCAGGAACAAAACAAAGACGGAAGCGGAGACGGAACUCCUGCGACUGGCCAACAUCAUUCUCUUCCCGAGUCGCUACGAUUUCUAUAUCCCUACAAAUGGCACCCGAAGCAGCGGUGAUCGUACUCCUCGCGCGACGGCGGGACCGCCAAAGACGGUGGUUAACGGCAGUAAAAGCGGUGGCAAGAGCUGA